AUGCGGCCUGGGCCCGCGCUCCUCCUCCUGGGCCUGGGCCUGGGCCUGGGCCUGCUCCCGCCGCACCCGGCUCCUCGCGGGGCCCGGGCCGCCGUCCCCGGGGCGCCGGCCACGCAGUCGGGAGGCCUCCUCAGGGGCGCCCGGGGCUUGAGGGAGCGCGGAGGCCGCACCCGCCUCAGCCUGCGGCGCCGCGCGGCCCGGGACGGCGGCGUCCUCCUGAGCGGCAGCCGCGACCUCUGCUUCCCCCGUGGGGGGCCCGGCCGGGCGGGCGCCGAGCGGCGCGUGUCCCCGCGGCCCCCGGGCUGGUACUGCCUGGGCGUGCGCGUCCUGCUCCGCGGCCGGCCGGGCCCCGCGGCGCCCACGCACGUGGACCUGCGCGUCUCGGCGCCCCGCGGCCGGCUCUCGCUGGCGUGGUCUGCCCGCCUGCCGCACUCGCUGGGGCCCCUAGCCUGGGCCUUCCGCCUGCGGCUGCUCGGGCCCGGGGAAGCCCGGCCGACCCGCGCCCGCCGCGCAGCCGCCGCCACGCGCCCCUCCGCUCUCUCCGUCCUGCCCGCCGACCCCCGCCCCUACUCCGGCUUCGUGGCCCACACCCAGUGCCCCACAGAUGGACCCACGCCCGUUGUUUUGGAAGCCGUCGACUCGUCCAACCGCACAGCCAUGACGUCUUCCGUGUCCUGUCAGAUAAGAUCCUGCAUCAUCAAGCAAGUGAAGAUCAACACGAACAAUGACAGCGCCCCCGUGUUCCUGACGAGGAAGGAGGAAGCCACCAUCAACGCCACCGCUCAGUAUGACUGCCCGUUUGCCCAGGCCAUUGCCACGUACUGGCAGGUCUUCUCCGUGCCCUCCGUGAAUGACGUGCCCGACUGGACGCAACCUAUGGAUCUAUCACAAAUCGAGAUCAAGAACGAUCCAUUAUUUAUACACAUCCCCCGCUCUUCUUUACACUGGGGGGUGUAUGUGUUUAAUUUCACAGUGUCCAUCACCACAUCCGAUCCAAGAAUGCCUCUAGUGCAAGACUCAGACUCCAUCUAUGUCUGCAUUGUCAGACGUCCCCUGAAGGCCGUUAUUCUUGGGAAUGCCAGCAUGACAGUGAACUUCACAGACGAGCUGAUUCUGAACGGAGCAAUGUCCUCUGACCCAGAGGCCGACGACCCAUUAGAGGGACUCCAGUUUUUCUGGCACUGUACCACAAAUCCACACAACUACCGUGAAGACCAGAUAAUGGUGAUGAACCAGGAAGUCUGCCACCCAGAGCAGACUAAUCUCAAGUGGCCUUGGGCCUCUGGCCCUGUGCUAACACUUUUGCCAGAAACACUUAAAGGUGCCCAGGUGUAUUUUUUCAGAAUGGUGAUACAGAAGGGUUUCAGAAGAGCAUUUUCUGAUAAAAGAGUGCACGUGCUCCAAGGACCAAGAGCUAUCGCACACAUUUCAUGUAUUGAAAAUUGUGAUCGGACUUUAAUUAUAUCAGAUAGAUUUUCUUUGUUUUUAAAUUGCACAAAUUGUGCAAGGCGUGAUUUCUAUAAGUGGUCAAUUUUGUCUUCUUUGGGCAGUGAAGUGCUAUUUGAUUGGAUGGGGCAAACGGUAACAGGAAGGAAUAGUGCUUAUUUGUCUAUAAAAGCUUUUGCUUUCAGUCAUUUUUCGGAAGCUGAGUUUUCGGCUUCGCUAUACGUAGCAAGUUGGAGUGGAGAUAUCUCAGUCUUCAGGCAUUUCUUUAUUCCUAACCAUGGCCCUCAACUUGGAGAAUGCAAAAUUAAUCCAGCUAAAGGAAUUGCACUUUUUACUAAAUUUGUUGUCCAGUGCAGUAAUUUUAAGGACCAGCACAUCCCUCUUACAUAUAAAAUAAUUGUUUCUGAUUUGCACGGUAUUGGUGAAAUCAGUUCAGUAAAAGAAAACAGCUUGGGGGCCAUCCUGUAUUUGGGUACUGAGCCCACAGCACCCCCUUCCUUUCUUCCUGUUGGUGUGUUGACCAAUCAUUAUGCCACCAAAAUAUAUGCUCAGGUUUAUGACUCUCUAGGAGCUUUCGCUCAGGUGACUUUGUAUGCCACCGUACAGGCUCCUACUGACAAAAACUCAUCAAAGACUGUGUUGCAUCAGUUACUCGAUCUCACCAACGGGCCAAGUUCAUUGCUAUCUACAUUGCUUCAAAAGCAGAAUUUUUUAUCUGCAGGUUACUUAAUGUAUAUAGUAGCUUCCGUCUUGAAUAACAUGAAAGCUGAAUUACCUCUCCGAGCUGAAAAAGUCAAUCUCCGAGAACACCUUGUCAAUCAGUCUUUCCUUCUUCCUGCAAGCACUUUGGUGGAAAUCGGCCAGGUAGUAACGACUAUUACCAAAUUAACCCAGAAACCCUUGGAACUCACUGGAGUGGCUCAGAAACGUGCCACAGUGAGGAUAUGGCAAGCAAAUCAAGCCCUGCAAGAGUAUCAACAAAAAGAUAAACACUUUAGCUCUGAACAAAUAGAAAUUGUGAGCACUGGAAUAUUAACAAGUUUGUCCAAUAUCCUUAAACUGACUGUUCCUCACGAAGUGGUUGAAGAUCCUUUCUACGUAAUAGAAUCUCUAUCAGACACAAUAUUGGCUAAUAAAGUGCCAGGGACUGAAACCACUGUCAUGAGAACCCCCAACUUUAACAUGUAUGUCAAGAAAGUUGAAAAGUGGAAGGUUACCCAGGUCUUCAGAAACGAGACACGCUGCCGAAAUUGUUUUUAUCCAGCACUCAAUGUGAGCAGUGUUCCCGCCCUGCCUGCAAAUGCUCCAGUUUCUACUAUGUUUUGUGAGUUUGCAGAGGACCCUUUUCCUUGGUUAGAUGGUGGAGAAAGCGCUUCAGUUGAGGUGGUUGGAUUCAGAAUGACCGGAGCCGCAGACAACGGCACUGUGAUAGAGAUCACGCCCGACGUAGUGGAAGUGUACCUUGUCAGAAAAAACUUGACCUUUGCAGCUUUUAAUCUCACAGUGGGACCCAGCAGUGAGCUUGACGGGGCCUUGAAGAAGACAACAGGGGUGUUUAGCUUUGAAGUGGACAGCAGAGUACUCAGGGAGGUGCUGGUCCACAUUGUGACUGAAGUGACCGUGUUGUUCGAGGUGCUGGUGUACGCAGGCAGUCAGCUCAGCCCCACGGCUCUGGUCGCCACCUUCCUCGUGCCUCAUGACAUCCCUCCAGUUGCCAGCCAGAGUGCCCUGUUUGAUCCUGCCUGCACGGUGAAGGCAGCCCGCCUGGUUUGCCUCCCACUGUCUCUGCUGCAGGUCAUAGCUCAACGCAGCCACUCAUCCCAGUGUGCCAUAUCCGUGGUUCUGCGGGCACCUCGUUUUGUCAUAAAGCCCAAUGACAGGCUGGUGAGGAUUUCUCUUUUCAGCGUUCAGUGCUUGGACAUGUAUGGGAUCCAGAGUGAGUGGAGGGAAGACAACUGCGUGCUCGGUGAGAAGACCACCUGGCACAAGGUGCACUGUGUCUGCAGGCACGCGGUGCGGGCCAGGCGGCAGCUGGGCACACUCAGGCUAACCAGCCUUCACCUGCACACCUGCUACGUGAUGGCCAGGGUGAUUGUGGUCCCUAACCCCGUGGAUCUGCAGUUAAAGGUCAUCAAGAAUGUUUACCAUAAUCCUGUGACCCUCUUCACUGUGCUUUUUAUCAUGUUCCUGUACAUGGUCCUAGCUUUCUGGGCCUUGCAUAGGGAUGAAAUGGACCAGUUUCUUCGGGAACAUGUGAUAGUUCUACCUGAUAACGAUCCUUAUGAUAACAUAUGCUACUUGGUCACAGUUUUUACAGGAAGUCGUUGUGGGGCUGGGACCAGAGCCGACGUCUUUGUGCAGCUUAGGGGCACAGCGAGUACCAGCGACGUGCACUGUUUAAGCCAUCCACAUUUUACAACUCUCUACCGAGGAAGCAUCAGCACUUUCCUCCUAACGACAAAAAGUGACUUGGGGGACAUCCAUUCCAUCCGCGUGUGGCACAACAACGAGGGCAAAGCACCUAGUUGGUAUUUAAGUCGAAUCAAAGUGGAAAAUCUGUUUAGCAGACACGUUUGGCUGUUCAUAUGCCGGAAAUGGCUCUCUGUUGACACCACUUUGGACAGAACAUUUCACGUUACCCACCCAGACCAGCCUCUGAACAGAAGAGACUUUUUCUUUAUUGACGUGAGUAAUAAGCUAGGGAAAAACCACAUGUGGUUCUCCAUUUUUGCCAGUGUCGUUCCUAAACCGUUCAGCAGGCUCCAAAGAUUGUCUUGUUGUUUGGCAAUGUUGCUAAGCUCUCUUCUUUGUAACAUUAUGUUCUUUAAUCUAAAUAGAAAAGAACAAACUCAGUCAAGAGAGGGGCGCUACAUCAGAUCAAUGAUGAUAGGAAUUGAAAGUGUCUUAAUUACAAUCCCUGUGCAAUUAUUAAUAACCUUUUUGUUCACCUAUUCCCAGAAGAAACCUCAAGUGAAGCUAGAGGAGGUGUCUCCUCAGGAGCAUCCCCUGAUGUCAGAAGACGGUGGACACUGGGAAGAACGUCUGGGAAAGUGGCAUGCUCGUCAAACCGCCGUGACACAUGCCAGCGAGACCGCAAAGACUGUGAAGCCUGCGUCCAGGCGAAAGCCCGGGAUUCCUAAGCCUUCUGUUAAAGCAACCUUUAGAUCAAAGCACCAGCAUGAGAAAGCAGAAACCAAGGCCCCGGAGACCCACAGACCAAACACAAAUUCCAACAACAACAACAACAACAGAGAGGACAAUGAAGAUGUUCCUUCUGAAGAGCCCUCUUCACAGCAGGAUCUUGCCCCACCUAAAAAAAAGCCCCGGAUCGUCCUGCCGUGGUGGUGUGUUUAUGCGGCAUGGUUCUUGGUUUUUGCCGCUUCCAGCAUAUCCUCCUUCUUUAUUGUAUUUUAUGGGCUGACUUAUGGCUACGAGAGGUCAGUAGAAUGGCUCUUUGCAUGUUUUUGUUCAUUCUGUCAGUCAGUCUUUCUGGUGCAGCCGUCCAAAAUCAUACUCUGGUCAGGCAUCAGGACAAAUAAGCCCAAGUACUGUAAAAACCUCUCGUGGUCAACCAGAUACCACUAUUCAGAGAUCAGGCUGCGGAGAAUGAACAUGCACCCAGAGGAGAUGAGGAGGCUACACGACCGCAUCAGCCAAAUCCGCGGCACGAGGAUGUACCAGCCCCUCACGGAAGACGAAGUUAGAAUAUUCAAAAGAAAGAAGAGGAUCAAGAGAAGAGCUCUCCUCUUCCUGAGCUACCUCGCGACUCACCUCAUCUUCCUGGCCCUUCUGUUGGUCCUCAUCGGCCUGCUGCGCCACACCGACAGCUUCUACUACAACCAGUUUCUCCGCGAUCAGUUCUCCAUGGACCUUGCUGCUGUGACCAAGCUGGAAGACGUCUACCGAUGGCUGAACAGCGUGCUGCUGCCUUUGUUACACAACGACCUGAAUCCCACGUUCCUUCUUGACGGCUCGUCCACCAUCCUUGGCCUUCCACUGAUGAGGCAAGUGAGAGCAAAAUCUACUGAAAAACCGUGUCUACCUGCUGAAAACUUCGUGCAGAACAGCAUCAAAAGAGAAAUUCGUUGUCAUCCCAAAUAUGGCAUCGACCCAGAAGACACAAAAGACUAUUCUAGUUUUUGGAAUGAAAUUGAUAAACGGCACACACACAAGAAUACCAAUGGUUUUGCUUAUAAACAUCAAGGAAAGCAAUGGGUGUAUUAUUCCUACGGGUCGUUACAUACCUACGGAUCGGGAGGAUAUGCGUUCUACUUUUUUCCAAAACAGCAGAAGUUUAAUUCCACACUGAGGCUCAGAGAACUUCAAGAAAGCAAUUGGCUUGAUGAGAAGACGUGGGCUGUGAUCUUGGAAUUGACAACUUUCAAUCCAGAUGUCAGUCUGUUCUGCAGCAUUUCAGUCGUAUUUGAGGUCUCGCAGUUAGGGGUUGUCAACACCAGCAUAGCUCUGUACUCUUUCUCACUUGCUGAGUUCAACAGAAAAGCUUCAGCAGAAAUCUACUUGUAUGUGGCCAUCCUCAUUUUUUUCUUAGCCUACACUGUCGACGAGGGCUACAUCAUCAUGCAAGAAAGAGCCUCCUACGUGAGAAGUGUGUAUAAUUUGCUCAACUUUGCUUUAAAAUGCAUAUUUACUGUGUUGAUUGUGCUCUUUCUCAGGAAGCAUUUCUUGGCCACCGGUAUGAUUCGGUUUUACUUGUCGAACCCCGAAGACUUCAUUCCCUUUCAUGCAGUUUCUCGAGUAGAUCACACCAUGAGGAUAAUUUUGGGUUUCCUGUUAUUUCUGACGAUUUUGAAGACGCUCAGGUAUUCCAGAUUCUUCUAUGAUGUGCGCCUGGCUCAGAAGGCCAUCCAGGCGGCCCUUCCCGGCAUCUGCCACAUGGCGUUCGUGGUGUCCGUGUACUUCUUUGUAUACAUGGCUUUCGGUUACCUGGUGUUCGGGCAGCACGAGUGGAACUACAGUAAUCUGAUUCAUGCCACUCAGACCAUAUUUUCCUAUUGUGUUUCAGCUUUUCAGAACACUGAAUUUUCCCACAACAGGAUUCUUGGGGUCCUGUUCCUCUCAUCUUUCAUGCUGGUGAUGAUCUGCAUCUUGAUCAACUUAUUUCAGGCAGUAAUUUUGUCUGCCUACGAGGAGAUGAAGCAGCCCGUGUACGAGGAACCGUCGGAUGAAGUGGAGGCAAUGACCUACCUGUGUGGCAAGCUAAGAACUAUAUUUGGCUUUCAGACCUCCCAGUCGAGGGCCAAAGAUGAGCCCGAGUUCUUUGUCGACAUGCUGUAUGGGCAGCCAGAGAAGAAUAACCACCGGUAUCUGGGGCUGAAGACCAGAAACAUCAAUGGGAAGAAAAUGGUUUACCUCGUUGUUUGA